AUACCUUUCUAUUUGUAAAGAUAUCAGAAUAAGAGUAAGGUCAAUCAUCAAUAGAAUUCCAAACACUUAAUAAACUCGAAAAGAUCUAACGAAUAUUGUAAGUUGUUGAAAUCUGAGUCAGAUUUUAAACAAUCAUAAGUAAUAUCUAGUACUUUAGUGAUAGAUACAUUAGUAAAUAAGAAAGAAACCCCAAAUGCCCUGGUACGGCCGAUAGUGGGGAGAGUCCGCUCUCCCUCUCUAAAUGCUCUCACAUGGCCACGCGUAUAUAGCCUCUGCCAGGGAAGUCCUACUCACUGCCUCCUAGCACCACGAGUGUUAUUUACAAAAUUGAGAGGACGAAAAGCGAAUGUCCGGCGCUUUAACAGACCUUCGUGUCGAAGGCUUCGGGUGUGGCCACCUAAGAAAACCACCUGCUUCGGUUUGGGCGCAUAUCUAUUUGGUGCCUCGUUGUACCAAUAUCUAUGUGUUAAAAUGAAUAAAAACUUUCUAUCAGUUCCAUCCUCUUCCAUGUGAAUGAUGUCCGUAUUAUUCUUGAAAUCAAUAAUGUUUAAUUCCAUAAUUAACCAAUUUGUCAUAUGGUUUGAGAUAUAUUCGUUGCCUAAUUUCUGUCAAACUAUUUGUUCAAAUAUUGACGAAUAUUCAUAUAGUCCAUAAAGUUGUUGUCUAUCGGUUUGAGUCAUGUUGAUAGAUGGAGAUUAUUUAAUUAUGAUAAUCGUAAUUAAUGGUUAGAUAAGUUGAAUGACAUAUCUCAGAAUCUGUGUCAUUAGUAUGUAACUGCUAUUCGGACAUCUUUUAUUGUCUUGUUAAUGUUAUCUCACCUUGUUGAUUUUGUAUUAUGGCAACUUAGAUCAUAAACUCCGCCUUUAGUUGUUUUAGAGCUAUUGCCAAUUUCAAGCUCAAGUAAAGGAAAAGAGUUAAGCAUGGGGUCAUCAUGCCUAUCCUGUAGAAAACAACCUUGUUGAAAAAAAAUGUUAACUAGACUAAAAGAGAAUUAUGCAAUAUCCAAUACUAAGACAAUUGUGCUUUGUUACAUAUUCUUCUAUUCUAAAAUCUAAAUCCUAUAAUCAUUCCUAUUGGAUACAACAAUAUUCUACUUCACCUAUUUAUAUUUAUCCCUUAACAAAAUCUAUACCAUUAUGUUUACCUAAAAUAUUUGAUCAACAAUUUAUUACUAAUUAUUGUCAUAUAAAUCAUUUACCAUGUUAUUAUAAUCAUGAUCAAAUUAUAAGUAAAUUACCUAGAGUUCAGUCAACACGUCGUGCUGAACUAUUACAUAAUCAAUUAUAUAAUAAUCAUACUGAUCAUACUGAUCAUGAUCAUGAUCAUCAUAGUGAUCGGAUCAAAUCUUUAUCCACUUCUCAAUCAUCAUUUCAUCAACAUCAAUCACGUCAAUCUAUUCAAAUUGCAUUAUAUAAUUAUGUAUUAAAUAAUUUACUUGGUUUAUCUAAUUUACAAUCUACAUUGAAUACUCAUAAUCAUUCUAUACCAUUUUUAUUAGAUCUUGGUUGUGGGAUCAAUCAUUUAGAUAUUAUCAAUCAUUAUUUAUUAACUAUAUCGAAUUUUAAUCAAAAAUUCAUACCAUUAUGUAUUGAUCUAUUCAAUAAUAAUAAUAAUAAUAAUAAUAAUAAUAAUAAUAAUAAUAAUAAUAAUAAUAAUAAUAAUAAUAAUAGUAAUACUAACACUACUCCUACUCCUACUCCUACUCCUACUCCCACGCCCACUCCCACUCCUCCUCCUCCUCCUACUACUACUACUACUACUACUACUAUUACGACUACUCCUCCUCCUCCUAAUACUGAUACUGCUACCACUACUACUACUACUACUAAUACCAAUACUAGUAGUAAUGGUAAUGAUAUAUUCAAUUAUAAUAUCCAUUUAAUCAAAUGUAAUUUAAUGAAAAGUGAUGUCAUAACAACUGGAUCACAAUUAUUACCAUUUAAAGAUUAUUCUAUAGAUUAUAUUAUAUCGAUAUCAUUCUUACAAUGGUUAUUAGGGAAAGAUAAAUCAUGGUAUAUGAUCAACCAAUUAAUGAAUGAAAUCAAACGUUUAUUAAAUCCAUCAAUUGGUGGUCAAUGUAUAUUACAAUUUUAUCCAAGUCAUCUAAUUGAUAUUCAAUUAAUUAGUGAAAUCAUUGAAACAAUUCAAUCGAAUUUCUAUGGUUGUUUAUUAAUUCAUCAACCCAUAGUCAAUCGUGCAAAAAGCACGAAAAAGCUAGAUUAUCAUCGAAAACCUGAACGCACUGAAUAACUGUUCCGUCCUAAGUAUGGAACCACACACCAAUGGGUAUCUACCAUUACGUAACUGGCAAUCGAACCUGGGACCUCUCUCGCACGCAAACAUUUAACCUCUAGACCAUCGAUCUGGCAUCCAAUGGUGUUCAAACAAUUCUUGAUCUCAAAUUGAAACACCAAGAGCUCUAGUGAGAAACUCUGAUCAGUGGUAUUCAACCAUGUUGGGUGUAAGAUAGUUAGGCAGCACAAGCAAUCGAAGAUGGUUACUGAAUGCUACGAAAUGAUCGAAGUUGUGAUUGUAAACAAUGGGAUGGCAACUCAGUGGUUUAAAGCUUGGGUUCUAUCCGUGGUGGGUUCGAAGAUGCUCAUCAUUGAGAAGUCUUAUACAUGGUUGAAAUAAUUAUUCGCUGUUUCUUGGUUUUCAGCCUGACAAUUUUCGUAGACCUAUAGCGACUCACGUGCUAAUGGGUUUAUUUUCAUUUAACCCAGUUAAGCCUUUUUUGUUAACUUAUUUAGCGGACAAAGCCAUCCGCACCAUAGCAAUUUAUUGUAGCCUUAUUAUUAUUUUGCGCUUGUAUGAAAUACGUAUGCUUGAAUAUUGAUUACUGCCUACGCAUUUAUUCACUCUGCUAAUCUUACCACUAACCGCUUAUUCGAUUCGAUUACUCAUUCAUUUCACAUGGUAUAUAUAUGUCCAUGUUAUUCAUAUUGUACACAAUCGCUCACUCGCUCGCACGGUCUCGUCACGCUCUUGCUCUGGCUCUCGUUCGCUUGCUUGCCUUUCGGCACAACUCUCCUAUGCUUGUUUAACACAUCUGUACAUUUGGAUAUAUGUGUGUGGUUUCGCAAUAAACGUAAUCAACACUUCGUAUUUGCCUUCUGAUUAAUAUACCGUUGGUACGUUAUAUAGAACGGUUAUCACGACGAACUGUAUACGAAGUUUAAGGAUUAUAUCGAAUACCGACCACCACAGACCCUUAACAAUAAAAAUGAGUUUAUUCAUUAUUAUAAAUGAAAAUUGAUCGCUUCCAGCGCUAAUUUUCAACUGAAUUCUAGUUUCAUUUAUUCAUGAACAAAUGCAGUACAUAAAGACAAAUUUACUUUUAAAGGUGAUGUAGUUAGAACAGUCAAGGAAUACUUAUAUGAAAUGCCAUUAGUCAUGAGGUACCUUGGGAAGAUGAAAAAUUCGUCGAUAAUUUUUUGAAUCUUCAUCAAAUAAGAUGACGAAUCAUUGAGAUAGUGUCUAUGAUAGGAAUACGUUUGAAGUAAACUAAUUUGUCUUUAGCAAACCAUCAGCGAUUCUAUCUUAUCAUCAAAAAAGAAUGAGAAGUGUUCAAAGGUCCACCAUAAACAUAGCACAUUUUACCUUAUUCCAUGAAGUUCUGUUAUCUGUUUUAAGGAAUGAAAAGUAUCGAGCCUAUGUUUUAAAAUCUCACGAACAGGUUGUGUAUGACUCGUCUUAAGGAGAAAGUUCUUGAGUUAUAUUGUCACGCUCCUAAGUUGACAUGUAAACUACUAUUCUUACUUAGUUCUCGCAAUAAGAAAUAUCUUUCUACACUGUUAGGAAUAUGAUUGUUAUUCAGUACUUCAGUUCAGAUUAUCUCUCUGUUAGAGUGAUCCAAAAAAUUGCUUGCAAAAGACAAGCAAGCAUCAGGUAUCACUAAGAAGCGUAUCGUCCAAUCAGUGUUCACUUGAGGUUUUUGCCAAAAAUAUCAAGGAAGCGAAACGUCACAUGUAGAGGUUCUGAUUGGCUGAUAGUAGUAUUUCCAGAAUCUUCUAGCAACCCAAGGACAUUUAAAAUAUUAUAAAAACCCUGUAUUUUCUGUGUUAAAAUGAACCUUGGAGUAAACUACUUCUCGCAUACUUUAAGCCUUCUCUCUCGUGUUCAGGUCACUGUAUAGUUCUAGCUUGAGGAUGACAGAAUAGCUUAGGAGACGAAUAUAGCGUUCAAUUUGCAAGACUUAUCACUCUCACUAUGAUACUAGAGUAAUAUAAUUUGAAAUUUAUGAUAAGCUAGUUACCAGCUUCCUCCAAAUAGAAAAUAUGUUUCUCUGAUGAGUACAAAUGAGUCAAGGAUCAUGGUACAUAUCCUUUUUGUAGAUUGGCUAUAUCUAACAUAUAUUAACAAUGUGAUGUUUUAUGUCUAAAAAUGAGUGCUGACUAUGUUAUAAUAAACAGCUAUAAUAAGCUUACAAUUAAACUACUCAACUCAAAGACCUUCAUAUUACCUAAAGAUCUGUUUAAUAUAUCUUUUAGUUGAACGAUUUAACUACUUCAUAAUCCUCAUAAAUCUUCUACUCUUAAACUCUGUGAAGUGAACAUAACUUAUGAAAUAUAGAAAUCAAGGGUAUUUAUACGAAUACAUAUAAACUUGACAUUGUAGAAGCUUCUGAAAAGAACAGACCAAACAUUAGUACCAAGUUUAAGUCUUGUCCAAUCAACAUUAUGGAAAUAUAAUUGAUCAUUUUCUG